AAAACUAACAGUACCUUUGUGCCAUAAUAGGGUGAGAGUGUUGCAGCUGUGAUGGUCCAGGAAAUAUGUGAGAAACAAUGUUUUUUUGGUAAUGUCUUUGUGUAGCUGAGCAGUCCAGUAAAUGAUAUCGUCAAAACUUCUUGCUUCUAGUUUUAAUUCUAGAAUAGGUAUUCUCAACUCUUCCCGGAUACAUAUAAGACUAAUGCUUGAAUUCUAAAACUACUCUGUAAAUGGCUCUGCUGGUGAAUUUCCUAAGACAACUGCUAGAAUACUUUGGCAUGCCAGCUGAUGAGUUCUCCCAUCUCUUUUGGAAGGCCAUGCCUCUGUGGGUAGCUUGUCAAGACCAUGCCAGAAUCAGCCAUCUGAUUGACACCUGUUUUCCUCCAACAUCCUUUACAAGGAGGUACUUCCAUCAUAUGUGUACUAUCAUCAGGAAAUAUCAGUUCAAGGUUAUAUUGGUUUGGCAAAAAAAGGAGUAUGGAACUACUCGAAGCAUUGUUCGUAAGCUUGGGACAAUUCUCUCUUUACAACCUUGUCCAAGACCUCAGUUGCAGCUGGUUCAAGAUGUCCAUCCCUUGGAUUAUGAUGAGAAAAGUACAACUCCAAUUCUUGUGGUUCCAUCUCUGGGUGAUAUCUUGUGGGUGGCAAAUGAUGAAGGACAAGCUUCUACUAGAUUUAGGGCUGAAUCAUGGGGAAAGAAAAAAAGUGCAGUUCACCGUAAUGUGCCUCCAACUACAGCUUCUAUGCCAACUGUUCCAAAGAAUAGAGGACAAGACAAUUUUGUGAAUGAAGAAGCAAUAAAAAAAAUUUCUGCGCUUGAAGAUGAACUAACCCUUCUUCGUGCUCAAAUUGCUGCAAUUGUUGCAGCACAGGGAUCAAGACACAGUUCAGAAGCCUUGAAUACAUUUGCCACUCCCGAUGAAUCUUACCCACUGCCAACAAUGACUUCUACACCAUUGUCCAUCUUGCCAGGUCACUUUGCAAUUCCUUCACCUCCACUUCCACCCCCCCCACCGCACUCUGACUUUGAUGUCAGUAAUUCAGCAAUUGAGCUUAUAAAACAACGUCGUGCUGCAAGGAAGACUACAUCAACAAUUAUUGAUGAUAUUGAACAUCAGAGAAAUAAGUGUGUCCCUAGUAUGAUGGAUGUUUUGAAGGACCUAAACAAGGUCCAAUUGCGAACUGUUGAGAGGUCACCAGGUGGUACUCCUCUUCUUAGGACAAAAAAAAGGCGGAGUUUGCCGUUGGAUCCAGUAUCUUUACUCACUCGGGCUCUAAAACAGAAAUUUGCACAUCAAAAUUAUGAUGAUGAUUCAUCAGACAAAGAAAACAGAUCUUUUGAUGCCUCUCCAUUUUCCAGUCCAGAAGCCCCAAUGGUUGGAUGUCACGUUUUGAAGCCAAACAUAAAGAAUAACCUUAUUGGAGCUAAGGAGCUAAAACAGGUGUCAACACUGAAAGCAAGAUCACAUAUUUAACAGGUGCAGAUCUUCUGGGAGAAAUGAAGUUACAUGUAUACUUUAGAGUGGUGGGACCACCUCAGCAAUUUGUUGGAAAACAUGUCCCAGGAUAUAGCAAUCCAGAAUACUUGGAGCUAGGACUUGUAAAACUAUUAUUUUCUUUCCAUUAGAGUGUCCCAACAGCCAAGCUUGUGAAGGUGUUGUUUGCUUUUAUAAUAAAUAAGGCAUUUAGCUACAUAUAGCUACAAAGCAGUGUGUUCAAAGCUACGCUAUUAGAUGCUUGGAAUGGGAAACCUGUGGAAGUAGAUCAUGUGCAAAAAGACUGUAUUUUUCUUGGUAUGGAAGCUGAAACAUGGCAGCUUGGAAACGAUAUGAAUAGAUGAGGAAAUUAAGACGAACAGGUUUAUACCAUGGUAGUCAUUAUUUUUCUUUGAUCAAGCAGAUGCAGUGUAUCCUUGAGUUUCCUUGUUGCUUGCUAAAGCAAUUCUGUUUGUAUGUGGAAUGCUGUUUCCUAAUUUAUUAUGGGUAAAUCAAGAAACUUAUGUCUCCAUAAUUUGUAGAGGCAGUUUUUCUUGUUUUAAGUUAGAUUUGGGCUUGAUGUUCACUGCCUGAAAUGUGAGAGUUGUGUUCUAUGUUUAAAGAAGCUCUGGAGAGAUUUCUGUUUGUACAAGCAUAGUAUAAAUACAUUAUGGAAACUAUGCUGUCUUCCCCUUUUGCUUGUUUCUAUUUUGUUGACAUUUUGUUGAGAGAGCCUAUACAAUAAAUAUUAUUUUAUGUCA